AAUUCAAAUUUCCAAGAAAUUCGUGGGUCAAUCCGUCCUCAAACCUUCCAUGGCUUCUCCUCCAUGCUCACCUUCCACUCUGCAAAUUUACUCCUAGAUCGAGUCAAGCACGCGCAGGCGCGCUUGACUCCAUAGUUGCUUCUUCGCAAUCCAACAUCAAGCAAUCGCACAUUUGAGACGAUUCCCACGAGAACCCAUCCGUUUUCAUCACGACCCACGACCCAAAAACCCGGUCUUUUGAUCCGGAGCUCCGUCAAUGUCCCAGUCGAAGACGAUCCCGCACUUGGAUCUCGCGCCCUCCACGCCGGGGAAGCUGAAGCCCGACAAGUUCUCGGCCUACAUUCACCGCCAGCGGUUCCAGUCCUCCCUCUUCAAGUUCACUGUCGGGUCGGCUCUGUUCCUGGUCCUCUUCGUCUUCCUCUUCGUCUUCUGCUCGCCGCCGGCGUCGCCGCCGCCCCGGCGGAUCCUCGGCGACUCCUGGGGCGGGUCCUAUUGGGAGAGGCGGGUCAGGUCGUCGGCUCGCACGCGGGCGCGCGGCGGCCACACCGUCCUGGUCACCGGCGCGUCCGGCUUCGUCGGGACCCACGUGUCUCUUGGCCUCAAGCGCCGCGGCGACGGGGUGGUCGGGCUGGAUAAUUUCAAUGAUUACUAUGAUGUGGAGCUCAAGCGGGCACGGCAGACGUUGCUUGGUCAAGCUGGGGUCUUUGUAGUUGAAGGAGAUAUCAACGAUAGAGAGCUUCUAGAGAAGCUUUUCAAUAUGGUUGCAUUUACCCAUGUAAUGCAUUUAGCUGCACAGGCCGGUGUGAGGUAUGCUAUGAAAAAUCCUGCAUCUUAUGUGCACAGUAAUAUUGCAGGGUUUGUGAAUUUGCUUGAAGUGUGCAAGUCGGCGAAUCCGCAGCCGGCAAUUGUGUGGGCAUCAUCGAGCUCCGUUUAUGGCCUCAACUCGAAGGUGCCGUUCUCUGAGAAAGACAGGACUGAUCAGCCUGCGAGUCUGUAUGCCGCAACAAAGAAGGCCGGUGAGGAAAUUGCUCAUACUUAUAAUCACAUUUAUGGUCUGUCGAUCACUGGUUUGCGGUUCUUCACAGUCUAUGGCCCAUGGGGUCGGCCGGACAUGGCUUAUUACUUUUUCACUCAGCAUAUAUUGCAAAGGAAGCAAAUUGAGAUCUUUGAAGGGCCUCAGCAUAGUUCUGUAGCUAGGGACUUUACUUACAUUGAUGAUGUCGUUGAGGGUUGUUUGGCGGCUUUGGAUACAGCAAAGAAGAGUACCGGGAGUGGGGGGACAAAGAAAGGUUCGGCCCAGUUGCGGGUUUAUAAUUUGGGGAAUACUUCGCCAGUGCCGGUGACAAAACUUGUGAGCAUAUUGGAGAAGCUUUUAAAGGUGAAGGCCAAGAAAAAGUUGUUGCCAAUGCCUAGAAAUGGGGAUGUGAAGUUUACACACGCGAAUAUAAGUUUGGCUCAGAGGGAACUUGGCUAUAAGCCUACCACGGAUUUGGAAACCGGACUGAAGAAGUUUGUGAAGUGGUACCUCAACUAUCAUUCGGGUUUGAAGAAGUAUUCCUCAUGAAAUCUCCCCAGUUUUGCGCUUAAUCACGGUUUUCCUUUUAUGGGUCUGGCCGAUAGAAUGGCAUUUUUUUGGUGAUCUUAUGACUGGUGAGUUCACAUUUUGAUUGAUCCUUUGCCUCGAGUUUUGCACUGCAAUCAGUAACACAUUGUGCAAGGAGGAGACCUUUGGUGACAUUUUGAGAUGGCGUUGCUGUUUGUGGAGGAUUCGGAGCUGUUUCAGUUAAAAAUUAGAAGUGUUGAACCACAAUAGACAUCCUUCUUUCUUUCUUUUUCGGGACACGAUAGCAGAUGAGAAAAUUUACAGUCCAUGGACGAUCAAUUACAUCUGUAUUGAUUGGUUUUGAUUUGACCCCUUUUAUUAAUCUCAAGCAAUUUCCUCCAAA